UGGACCUAAUAUGUCCUUCUUUCAAAGUCAAAAACAACACGGGGCUCUCAACCAGUUGUCAGAACGACAGGAGUGCCUUCUUCUUGAGCGGCCGUCAGUGCUUGGUGACUCUGCGUCGAGCGUUGCGUUGGUAGCUAGAGUAGUAGAGAGUUAGAGGAGAGUAGAGACUGCUCGCCGGUCAGGUGCUAGGCUAGACUAAUACGUGAACAAGCAUGGACGGAAUGGACGAACCCAUGCCAAUGGCAGAAGAGCCAGAAGCGAAGAGGAGUUUGAAGAAGGACUUGCUGCAGCGGCUGUCUGAGGGUGUUGUUGUCGGUGACGGUGGCAUGAUCUGGACAAUGCAGCAACGCGGCUAUGCAAGCGCUGGCUUCACUCCGGAGGCAGCCAUCGAGCACCGUGACACAGUGCUGCAGGUACAUCGUGAGUUCAUUCACAACGGAGCGGACGUUCUCCAGGCCUGUACCUUCUGGUCGGCACGCGCUGAAGAGCGUGCUACAACCGGAAGUAUCAACAGGGCGGCAUGUGAGAUAGUGAUGCAAGCUGCUUCCGGGGCACAGACCGAUGUGUUGAUAGCCGGUGGCGUGACCAAGACAGAGUCCUAUGAGAACGGCGCCGGCAAAGAUAUUGUACAAGCCGAGUUCCAGCAGCAGCUGGACUUCUACAUGGAGAACACCUUUGACUUUGUUGUCGCCGAGUAUCUGGACACAACUGAGGAGACGAGCUGGGCCGUGGAGGUUCUGUCACGCUGCGGCAAGCCGGUGAUGGCAACGGUGUGCAUCGGACCCGAGGGCGAUAUCGACGGCGUGUCACCUCAGGACUGCGCCGUACGACUUGCACAGGCCGGUGCUCACGUGGUGGGUGUCAACUGCCGCUUCGGGCCGACCAAGUGCCUGGAAACCGUGGCCAUGAUGAAGCAGGGACUGGAAGCAGCCGGGAUGAAUCACAUCUACCUUGCAGUGCAGCCGUUUGGUUAUCACACUCCCGAUGCCGGUCUUGUCGGUUAUCAGUCCAUGUACGAGUUCCCAUUUGCUCUGGAUGCUAGAACGAUAAGUCGUACUGAUGCACACAAAUAUGCUGUGGACGCCUUCAACCUAGGUGUUCGCUACAUCGGAGGCUGCUGUGGAUUUGAGCCGAGGCACAUCCGGGCCAUGUCCGAGGCGUUGCAAGACGAGCGCGGCAUCAUGGCACCGGUCACACAGCGCUACGGCACGUGGCUCGAAGAGGCCAAGAAGCGCUCACAGGUCACAAAACGUGAUCCUCAGUACUGGCUGGGUAUGGAGCCAGCCACUGGCCGACCGAAGAGCUCCGCAAUGUCCGGUGUGAAGGCUGACGAUGCGGAGAGCUACCUGCGUAGAGUUGGGCGUGGUGGCCAGUGAUGGACGACGACUCCAAUGCAACGAUACGAUUAUACAACUGCUCGUACAUUCAGAGUCAACCGACAAGAGAUCUGCAAGAGUGCUGGAGUGCACACGGCUGACAACCCCACACUCCAUUAGAACAGUACACUGCCUGAAAUUCACACGGCAUUGUUUUUUAGUGUCAACCUUACCUAUUUAGUUUCUUAGCUUAGGUUUUAUUCUUCGUUUAUUCUUCUCCAUUUUUGAUCAUAUCCUUCAUCACUCAUCAGCAAAUAGAGUUAAACAAACUUUCAUGUAUUCUUCCAUUUUUUUACCUUUUCCCAAUAACGUUUUUAGGAUAAACAUGCUGAUGAUGAACAUGUGAAAGGCUGCACUAAUCCAAUGAUUGAUUAAUAUAGGCCGACAGCUGUUGCUGCUGCUUCUUCUCCUGACCUUAAUUUCCCUACUGAAGUAAAAUCAACAAUGCGUGCUGCCA